UGAUGGUCUGGCCCUGGUGGAGCUGAUUGGCUGGUUGCAGUCUUGGGCAUUGCGCGGGGAUUUCUGGAAUUGUUUGGGGCUGAGUUUGCAUAAAAGAGCAUGGCUGGGCAGUGUCUUCUCCUGCGCGAACUGCGGGGCCCCCUGAACCCCUGUAAAGACGAGGAGGAGGAGGACUGUGCGCAGGAGGAUGAGGAGGAUCAGGAUUCGGAGUUUGUGGACGCCGAGGAGCUCUGCAGUGGCGGCAUCAAGGCGGGCAGCCUCCCUGGGCGCCUCCGCGUUUCUAUUCCUGAUGAAAAUACUGCAGAGGAAUGUACCGUGUCCGGACGCUUCCCACUCACAGGUCCAUGGUGGCGAGUGAAGGUUCGGGUGGUAAAACCUCCUCCGCGAUCCAAGGUCUACCAAGCUCAAGGGUUUCCGUCCUACUUUCUGCAGUCUGAUAUGUCGCCUCCAGGCCAAAAAAACAUCUGUUCGCUUUUUCUUAAAGAAUGUGGCUAUGAACGCAGAGAUGACUUUGUAAAAUGGGUGGAGAAAGUGUCAAGCUUUAAAAAUCUAAACUUUGAAAAUCUGCGGGAAACAUUAAGAAAUUUCGACAGACAAACUGGGCAGAAAAACAAAAAGCAAUCUACACAGAAUGAGCAGGAUGCGGUCAGAUUGCCUGUGGAGGAAUCAUUCCCGUUUGUAAGUGUAAUGACAGCUUUGCAGUUCCCAAAAGUCAUGGAGUUCCUUCCAACUCUUUUUCCUCGACACUUCAGAAGGCUUAUCAGCUCAAGUUCCGCAGAAGUGUUACAGAAGAUUGACGACGUCUUGGGUACUGAGCCAUGGAAGCUUGGGUUCCGUAGAGUAACCUACCGGGAGAUGAAGCUCUUGAGCUGCGAGGCCAGCUGGACCGCGUUCAGUCAGUGUCCCUCGCUGCUCCAGCUAAUGACUGCGCUGCACAAGAACGCACUGGUCAUAUAUUUGAAGCUGAAGCAGACUUGUAGAGAAGACGGGCACACGUGUGUUGAAGUAAAAGACUUGACUUUGGCUGUGUCGGAGUACAUGCCUUUCCAGGAAGCCUGCGAUUCUCUGGAGUUUAUGAAGAACCUCGACGUGGUGACCUAUGAGAAAGACCGAGUCUUUCUUUCCGAACUGUACGAGGCCGAGCAAGGCAUUGCAUCCUCCAUCUGUGAGCUGAUGAACAGACCCCCGUGGCGUCUACAAGUGGACGUGAGGCACGUCCUGGCGUCAAUUUGCAGUGGGAAGCCCAAAGAUUCAGAAAGCGUUGCGGCAGUGGAAGGAGGUGAACCGGGAGAAGCGGGGUUAGAGCAGAGCGAAAGUAUUUCAGACCCGCAGGACAGUGGUGACUGCAUUAGGAAUGAUGGCGGGCCUGAAAUGAACACAGCAAUAAAUGAUGUGCCCCUGGAUCCAGAUCAGGUGGCCGCACUGGAAAUGAUUUGUGCCAAUGCCGUGACCGUCCUCAGCGGGAAGGGUGGCUGCGGGAAGACCACCAUUGUUAGCCAUCUCUUCAAACACGUGGAGCAGUUGGAAGAAAGAGAAGUGUGGCAAGCUUGCAAAGAUUUUGAGGAAGACAGGGAUGCCUCAGAAGAAUGGCUUUCUUUUCCUAAGCAGAGUCCAGCAGCAGAGGACAAGGCUGUAGAAGUUUUGCUCACGGCGCCUACUGGGAAAGCGGCUGGUUUAUUGAGGCAGAAAACUGAUCUUCCAGCUUACACACUGUGUCAGGUCAGUUAUAGCUUCUAUUUUUGGAAGAAACUUAAGGGGGACAAGGCAUGGAAAUUCUCUACAGUUCGUGUUCUGGUUGUGGACGAAGGAAGUUUGGUGUCUGUCGGAAUCUUAAAAUCAGUUUUGAAGUUAUUGUGUGAGCACGCCAAACUUUCUAAACUGAUAAUCCUUGGUGACGUUAGACAGUUACCCAGCAUUGAGCCUGGCAACAUGCUGCAGGACGUUUUUGAGACGCUUAGGUCAAGAGGGUGUGCCAUUGAGUUAAAGACAAACCACAGGACAGAGUCCCAGCUGAUUGUGGACAAUGCCACCAGAAUCUCCAGGCGCCAGUUUCCGGAAUUUGAUGCAGAACUAAAUAUCUCUGAUAAUCCCACGUUACCCAUCUCCAUUCAAGAUAAGACAUUCAUUUUUGUGAGACUUCCUGAAGAGGACGGCAGUUCUCAGUCAGCUAAAGGUGAACACCGAUCCAAUUUAUAUUCUGCGAUUACAGCUUUGCUCCAAGGAAAAGACUUUGAGAAUGCAAAGGCAUCACAGUUUAUUGCAUUUAGAAGGCAGGACUGUGACCUCAUCAAUGACUGCUGCGCUAAGCACUACACAAACCAUCUCAUCAAAGACCACAAGAAAAAGCUCAUCUUUGCAGUCAAUGAUAAAAUCUGCUGUACCCGGAACGCCUAUCUCGCAGAUUUAAUCCCUGACAAGGACUUGAAAACCAAUGGGAAAGGUUCUGAUGCUGCCCCCUCCGAUGCUGCCCCCUCCGAUGCUGCCCCCUCUGGUGAUCCCCCUUCCGAUUUUGAAAUCCCGCAGGAUUUUGAAAAUGACAUUCGACUGUGCAAUGGGGAAAUAUUUUUCAUAAAGAGGGAUAAAACUGAUGUAACCUUCCAAGCAAAAAGACUUUUGACCAUCAGCAAUGAGGCUGGUCUGGAAGUGACUGUGGACUUUAACAAACUGGUGAGACACUGUCAGAUAAGACACGCCUGGGCGCGGACUGUCCACACUUUCCAGGGGUCCGAGGAGAACACAGUCGCCUAUGUACUGGGGAAGGCAGGCCGCCAGCACUGGCAACAUGUCUACACCGCAGUGACGAGGGGCCGCUCCAGAGUGUAUGUCAUUGCCCAAGAGUCCGAGCUCAGGAACGCCAUCAGGAAGCGCAGUUUCCCCAGGAAGACGCGUCUGAAGCACUUCUUGCAGAAGCAGCUCUCUAGCGCCUGUGCAUCUCCAGCAGAUUUCCCAUCCCAGCCCUCAAGCCCUGAAAUUGGAGGAACACCCAGCUCACAGCCUUCAGCAUCACCCCUCUGUAGAACCCCAGACAGGAGAGCUACUCCAAACCACGCCAGGGAUGAAGCAUCUUCGGCCAAGGAGAAGUUCACCUUUGAUAAAAGAUGGCUGUCAACUUCUUUUAACGACAUGGAUACAGAUGAGGAGUCCGAACAGCCUAGGGGAUCCAAAAGAACUGGCGAUGGCUUUCCAUUUGAUGGAGAAAGCCCCAGUAAAUUCUGUAUGGUUGAAAAACCGUCUCCACAGGUGUCUUCUGUAUUUCAGAAUUUGAGGUUGAAUAACCCAAUUCGCAGACGACUUUUCAAACCUACUGAUGACCAAGAAAUGGUUAAGUCAGAUGUGGUGGCUCACAUCGAUAAUCCCAGCAGUCAGGAAGCUGACACAGGACAAUCUUGAGUUCCAGGUCAGCCUGGGCAACAUCACAAGACCGACGAUGUUCAGGCAACACCACCAAUGAAAACCUCCAAACAGGAAGAAUUUUACUCAAAAUAAUUUUGCUCAAAAUAAUUAUUUUUCCUUUCAAGGCAAAGUGGCUGUUUCAGCCUCAGUGGUUCAAGCUAUGAGAAGAUUGCUGUAACUGGGAUUUUAUUUUUUGGCAUUUGUAUUUUGGGUAUUUGCUCCAAACGAAAUUUUUAUUUGCAUUUUUAAAUCUGAAUUUAAAAGCAGAUAUUUUAAAUUCACCUGAUAGCCACGACAAUCUCCUCCUCUGCCCUCAUGAGAACAGUGAACACUGGAUGUCUCGAGAUUAUGGAAAAAGAUGCUGUGUGCUUAGAAGUCUCCCGUUUUAGGGAUGCCGUAUGUUCUGUGAUAAGCUGCGUGACCACUGUGGAUCAUCAUCGCCGUUACCCCAAAGAAGUAGCAAAGGUGGGCUAAUUGUACCUGUUGAUACUCACACAUCCAAGGGUGCUGUGUUUGCCACAGAGGUGUUGAUACAAAGCCAUCAUGCACUCCAUCCCUGCUCCUGGGACUCGGCAUUCUUGGGACUUUUUUUGGAUUUGCCUUUUCUAGUUGGGAGUACGUUUUGAUUAUAUCCUGUUGUAGGGAACCUUUCUCUUAAAGUAGAUUGGUUUUUAAAAUAUUUAUUGUCAAGUGGUAGGUUUUUUAAAAAUAUUUAUUGCCAAGUGGUACUGUGGUUUGGAUGUGUCCCCAAACAUGGGCUUUACUGCGGUAGUGGAUGUCUGGUGGAGUCACUCUUUUGCUGUCCUGAGGGCUCUUGUUUUUGUUUUACUUUAUUUUGUGGGGGAUGACAGGUCCCAUUAGAGGUGCACACUGGCUACAGACACACCUUGUCUGGCAGUUUGCUUCACUGCAGUUCUCAGCGUGUCAUACAUUGCCACUGUCCAAGAGCUCAGAUCAUACAGACACUUCUCGCAAUGAAAUAUUUUAAUGUGUGCACAUCGCUUUAUUCUCACAUGCUCGGCUGUUUUCCUGUUGGAUUGCUGGUAUAGUGUGGGGACAUUUUUCUCUCUUUUCCUUUCAUUUUGGGCUUUAAGCAAGUACUUUACUACUAAAUUGCAGCUCUAGCCCUAAACUAACUUUUCUAUGUACUUGGAAACAAACAAACAAUAACAAUUGUGUCCCUCUUCUGAUUGUAACCUUCUCUUGUUGCUGUGCCGUGGUUCUAGUUGGUGGUGUCUCUGAGAUAUGCCUUUGUGAGCAAUAAAUUUACUCUUUGCUUUA